UGUCCUCAAGGGGAUCUGCGCACAAUAAACCAAAGCAGCGGAUUUGUACAGAACCGGUGUGUCUACUGGAGAGAGUGUGCCUUUUCCACCCUCCUCCUGGACGAACCAGUGCCUAAAAAUACCCUGUCUUUCCACAUCAGUUUUGGAGAAGCCCUGGCCUUAGGUGCUUAACCUAUAAAACUGGAUUUGCUCCAUGUGCUCCUCCUCUCCUACAUCUGGGGGUGGCGUUCCUUAGAGCUGAUAGGACAUGUGGUAUGGCUACGAGCUGCAUGUAAAUCAUGCUUACCUGUUUUCUGGCCUAGGAUGAGGAAAAUAAUCAAAUUAUAUUUCCUUUGCAAGCCCCACAACCAGUGGAACUUGUUAAUACUCGUUUACGGUUGCCGAGACUUUGGCCGAGCGAAGCUGCCUUUCUGUCCGCCCUUCUCUUUGUCUUGGUUGGAGCGCGGCAGCCGGAGCCACCCUUCACUGCAAAGGUGCCGAGAAGUCGCUCGCUCUCCUUUUCACCCUUAGCAAGUAAGCCCAGUUACCGACAGAGCCCACCCGUGUCCCCACUCGGGUGUGGGGCGAGGGGAUCCCCACGGAGGAGCGCCUUCCCCGCCCAGGCUCAUGCAUAUUGGUGCUGUGAAGGUCCGCCCUGCUCUCGCGUGUAUUGGAGAGCCCGGGGGCGGUCACCGGGCACAGGCAAGCGGCAUGGGCAGCGCGGCGGGCCCGCUGCGGGUGCUGGUGGACAUGGACGGUGUCCUGGCCGACUUCGAGGGAGCCGUGUUGAGGGGCUUCUGCUCCCGCUUCCCCGGGGAGCCACGGGUGGAACUGGUGGCGCGGAAGGGCUUCUCGGUGCGGGAGCAGUACCGCUGUCUGCGGGAGGACUUGGGGGCUAAAGUAGCCAGCGUCUAUGAAUCGCCUGGCUUCUUUCUAGGGUUGGAUCCAAUUCCAGGAGCCCUUGAAGCUAUGCAGGAGAUGAUCCACAUGCAGGACACUGAAGUCUUUAUUUGCACAAGUCCCCUCCGGAAAUACGAGCACUGCAUUGUGGAAAAGUAUAAAUGGGUAGAAAAACACCUGGGACCCGAGUUUGUGGAGCGGAUUAUUCUAACCCGAGAUAAGACCGUCGUAUCUGGUGACUUGCUGUUUGAUGACAAUGAUACCAUUAGAGGCACAGAGCUGAACCCGAGCUGGGAGCACGUCCUGUUUACCUGCUGCCACAACAGGCACGUCCAGCUGCAGGCACCACGCAGGAGGCUGCUGUCCUGGGCGGAUGACUGGAAGGCCAUCUUGGAAAGCAAGCGCAGGCAGUAAAGCAAAAAGGGGAUGCUGUGCGCUUCCUACUGCUGGGGGAA